AUGGAGGUGAUUGCAUCCAGAACAGGGCACAACUAUAAUUUGGCUUCAAGAAAAGCCCAACAAGCAGGUACAGAAUGGCUUGAGAAGUUGCCGAUGGCAGAUGGUCUGAAAAAAUCGUAUCUCGCAUACGGUUCUUUGGGGAUUUGGUUAUUGCUACUCCUGAUAUUUUUCAAGUUACACUUGGGUCUGAAGCAGAUUUUGUAUUGUUAGCAACUGUUGGCUUAUGGGACUACGUUAAAAGGCUGCAUCUGAACCUCUAGCUCAAAUGGCCUUGCUAUGUAAUGAAUUUCGUACAUAUUUUCACCUUUUGAUCACGAGUUUCUCGACACAAAGAACGUGAUUGAUUACAUUGGAGAAGAUGGGUCAUUAGUGGUUUUAGAUCCUUUAAAACAUCAUAAAGAUGGAAAAAAGUUGUUUCAAUUCAACCAUGUUUUUGGUCAAACUGGUACUUAAGAUGAAGUUUUUGCUGACAAGAGAAAAAAAACGAACACAUUUGGCGCGCAUGAUUCCCCUCAAGUUAUAAUAAGAAGCUAUUAAUAAAUUAUUAUUAAUAUUUACUUAGACAAAACGUACCUCUACUCAUCAACUUGCCUCGUAACAACAAAAGGG